CAGCCCAUUUGCUCGAAUUGCCAGACCAAAGUGUCUCCUCUCUGGCGACGGGAUGACCAGGGAGCGUUUCUCUGCAACGCUUGCGGAUUAUAUCUCAAGCUGCACGGAAAGUCGCGUCCCCUGAAUCUGAAGACGGAUGUAAUCAAAAGCCGGAAUCGCGUUAAGCCAACCGGCCAGAAGCGAAAGCUUAGCGACCCAAACGGUCCCGCACCCUCAUCCACCCACUCCACCCCCCGCACCGACACGCGGCCCGAUGUGCGCAAAUUCCCCUCUGCCUUCUCCGACCGCUCCGGCUCGCCUAUCUCCCGCACUACCACCCCGGGCCUCCACCACCCAUCCGCCCACAUCGCACCCCAACACCUCUUCGACGCCGCCACCCUGAACAACCAUGCCUUCCCCGCCAGUGACCAUCCCCGCCCUCGAUCGCCCGGCGACGGCGCGGCCGCAACCCCUGGGGAUACCUACCCCUCGUACGAAUACCUAUCGGCAUCAAACACUACCUUGCGCAUCCGAGUGAAUGAGCUGGAGGUGAUCAACGGGUUGUUUGGCAGCCGGAUCGAGCAACUGGAGGCGAACGAGGUGGGGUUGCGGGAGAGGUUGACGGAGCAGGAGGAGUCGGCGGAUGCGAUGGAUAGGAUGGUGAAGGCUUUGGAGAAGGCGCAGGCGAGAGUGCGGGCGGCGGAGAACGAGGUGGAGCGGUUGAAGAAGAUGGGAAGGGAGAUUGGGAAGAAGAUGGGGGAGCUGGAUGGGGAGGAGGCUGUGAUGGAGGAUGUGAUGGAGAAUAAUGAAGAGCGGGAAGAUGGGGUAGAUGGCCCGGAGACGGUGGCGGAGGUCGAGGAGAAGACCGAUGCCAACGAGGCCUAA